ACGCGGCGGGGCCCGGGGGCUGGCACAGUUCGUUUGGAACCUGCACAUCUACCCACGCCAACAAACAUGGACGCCAAGAUUGUAGUAUUGAUCUGCGUGCUGGGUGCCGCGGCGGCGAGCGUGGUAGUACCAGCACCGCUAGGCCCGGUAGCGCGGUUCGACCCUCUGCCACAGUACUCGUACGGCUACGACGUUCAGGACGCGCUCACCGGCGACUACAAAGGCCACCAGGAGCAAAGGAACGGGGAUGUCGUGACCGGAUCAUAUAGUGUAGUCGACCCCGACGGCACAAGGAGGAUAGUCGACUACGCCGCGGACCCUCUGAAUGGAUUCAACGCGGUGGUGCGCCGUGAGCCGCUAGUGGCGCCCGCUCGUGUGGUAGCCCCGGCGCCGGUCGUGGCCCCGGCCCCCGUGUUUGCCCCCGCGCCCGCGCCGGUCCUAGCACGAGCGCCGGUGUUCGCACCUGCACCUGCGCCGCUGUUCGCCCCCAGACUACCCAGCCCGUACUUCUUGCUACUCAAAAUGGCAUUCAGGUUUGUGGUGUUCACCUGCUUGGUCGCGGCUGCCACUGCUGGCGUAGUUCCCGCCGCUCCUGUGGCGUACGCUGCCGCUCCGGCCUACCACGCCGCCCCCGUGGCCUACGCCGCCGCCCCGGUCGCGCACGCCGCCCCAGUAGCCUACCACGCCGCCCCCGUCGCCUACGCCGCACCCGUCGCUAAGGCCGUCGCCGUCGCCCCCAUCGCCAAGGUCGUUGAAGACUUCAACGCGCACCCGCAGUACAGCUUCGCGUACGACGUACAGGACGGACUUACUGGUGAUUCCAAGACUCAGCACGAAUCUCGCGACGGCGACGUCGUCCACGGCUCUUACUCCGUUGUGGACCCCGAUGGCAUCAAGCGCACCGUCGAAUACACCGCUGACGACCACAAUGGCUUCAACGCAGUUGUACACAGAGAGCCCCUCGCCGUCAAGGUUGCUGCUCCCGUAGUCGCCAAGGUCGCUGCUCCGGUCGCUUACCAUGCUGCCCCUGUUGUGCAUGCCGCCCCGGCGGCCUACCACGCCGCCCCGGUCGCGUACCACUCUGCCCCGGUCGCGUACCACUCUGCCCCGGUCGCGUACCACUCCGCCCCGGUCGCGUACCACUCCGCCCCAGUUGUGCACGCUGCCCCCGCCGCCUACUCUGCUCCCAUCUACCAUCACUAAUUGUAUAUCUAUAUUUACCUCGUUUAGUUAGGUAACGGUUACACUCACAAAUGCCAUGUAAAUAAUAAAGUAUUUAUUUUAUUCUAA